UGGGACCAUGCGGGUAUCAGGGCUCUUAGAAGCAAGUGCACGGAGCACAUGAGAAGAGAACGCGAGGCAAGCAGACGAGAACCCAAUUGAAAGAGAUGACACCGGCAACACAAAUUCCGUAUAUCCCGACUCGCACUUUCCCACCAUAUUGCUGCGCAAUCAGGCGGUAUGUCCUCCUAGUGAGAACAGCCGGAAUCGAUCGGGCGCAAUUCCAAUCUGCGCGCGGGACCCAUACAACAAAAGAGCCUGAGACACAAAGACAGAAACACACAAACGGAGUAAGAAAGCAGGGACAAAGACAUUGGGAAAGCGAUGUGACGGAGCCCUCCCUGGUGACAAAACAUCAACUGGGAAAAAAUAAUAUUCUGUCCGAUAGGCGGUGGAAUCAGUGAUCCGCUACGUCAAGCUCCUCACGAGUGCCUAUCCAGCAACCUUCGAUCCAUGCUUUACAGCUUUUGCUCGUUCCAGUCAUGGAUAGUACCGAUCUUGU